UCAACCCUACCACUUACACUCUCUAUUUUCUCGAUUUCGGAAGGGUCGUGUUCUCUCUCUGCUUCAGCUUCGGCUUCGGCUUCGGCUUCGAGAAGGGUCGAUUGGGUCCCCAAGCUGUUUCUUCUCUGUUUCUGAUGACAAGCGCUUGGACAAAUAUGAGCUUUGCAAUCAAACAUAGGGAUAUAGAGAGGGAAUGGGAGAAUCGGGGUGGAGUUAUGGUUAUUUUUUUAAAAAUUAUUGGAGAUUCUUGCUCAGUCUCAGAAGAUGUAUGCCUGCUAAUAUACUGGAAUGGAUGAGGAGAUCAAAUUUAAUUUCAAUAUUGUUAUAAGCUUUGGAGCAUCAUGGAGCAAAUGAGCAAUGGAGCUUGUGGAGCACGGCUCACCUCAAGGAUUGCUCUCUUGACAAACUUUAUAACCCUUAUCAAACAUGAGUGGUCGCUUUUCUCGCACAAUUUAUGUUGGCAACCUGCCCUCUGAUAUAAGAGAGUCAGAAAUUGAAGAUCUAUUCUACAAGUAUGGCCGUAUAAUGGAUAUUGAAUUGAAGGUUCCUCCCCGCCCUCCAUGUUAUUGCUUUGUUGAGUUUGAUAAUGCUCGAGAUGCCGAAGAUGCAAUUCGGGGUCGAGAUGGAUACAACUUUGAUGGUUGUCGGUUAAGAGUGGAGCUUGCUCAUGGUGGUAGAGGGCCAUCAUCAAGUGAUCGACGUGGAUAUGGAGGAGGAGGAGGAGGAGGAGGAGGUGGUGGCAGCGGCGCAGGCGGGGGUCGUUUUGGCAUCUCACGCCAUUCUGAAUUUCGAGUUAUUGUUCGCGGACUCCCAUCUUCUGCAUCUUGGCAAGAUUUGAAGGAUCAUAUGCGAAAAGCUGGUGAUGUGUGUUUUGCUGAGGUUUCCCGUGAUAGUGAAGGGACUUUUGGCAUUGUUGAUUACACUAAUUAUGACGACAUGAAGUAUGCUAUUCGGAAACUAGAUGACACUGAGUUUAGAAAUCCUUGGGCGAGAGCUUAUAUUCGGGUGAGGAAGUAUGAGAGUAGUCGUUCUAGGAGCCACAGCAGAAGUCCCAGCAGGAGCAGAAGUCCAAAAAGAGUUAGAAGUAGAUCUUUGGAGCGUUCUGUGUCUAGGUCUCGAUCUAGAUCGCGAUCAGUAUCACCAAUCAAAUCUUCUAGGUAUACAAAACAUACUAUGUUGAAUAUAUUGUUUGUAAUACUUUUAAUAUUGCACCUGAAUUGUUCAUUGAAUUAUGCAGGCCAAGAUCACGUUCACGAUCUGGAUCUCCUCGUCAGGUGCUGUCAGGUAGUGGUUGAGUUUCUGAAAAAGCCUGUGGUUCUCUGGUGAUAUUCUCCCAUUCUGGUGGGCAGUAUCGGAAUUAUAUUUGAGUUGGACUAAAUUGUUUUAGGGAAAAUUAUUGUUGUACCUAGGCUGUUUCUUGGUAAAUUGUUACCAGUUUGGUGAUUGUGUUGUUUCUUUUAAAACUAAAAUGUUGGACAUUAGCCUAGCGCUUUGUACCUUUUAACUAGUUUCUAUGACAAUUAUUAGCGCUUUUAGUUUGUUUUUUAA